AAACAUACAGCAGCAGGGAUUCCCACGUGGUCACCCACCGUAGUACUAAUCUGCCGUUCAACUGCUUAUGUAUGGCAGAGCGGACGGGAUGCCCAGUUUUCAGCUGACUGUGGCCGUAUGUGCUCGAUCAGAGAUUUUAAACGAAUAUAUUAUUUUGGUUGUUUGAUCACGUCCCUAAUCACGUCUGCCCAUGCUCUUUGCAUACAUGCCCAUGUCAUGGGAGAGGCAGUGUUAACAUCAUGGGUAAAUUGA